GCUCGCCCGAUUGCAUUAGUGGAAUUUCAACCGCGAGUGUCGAACGUUUUUCCGGAGAAAAGUAAAAAAAAUGAAUAAGUUGCUGAUUUUGGCCCUUUGCUUGGGUGUGGUCUAUGGAGAUUUCCAGGAAAGACCCAAACGUGAUAGUUUUCAGUCUCGCCACAACAGUGCCCACCAGCAGGCGGUGGAACAGGCACGCAGAAACUCUGGCUACGGAAGCGGUGGCUACGGCAGUGGUGGUUAUGGAGGUGGUGGCUUUGGAGGUGGAUUCGGCGGAGCCUCUGGCCAGGUUGAUGGCUCCUUGGGAAAACUGGAGAACUCCUACGACUCUGUGGGUGCGACUGAAUCCGCCGAAGGAGCUGGUGGCUUAGGUGGUGCCGCUGAGACUGUGGGUGCUGGAGCUGGUGUUGGUGGUGCUGGAGUUGGAGUUGGUGGCGCAACUGGUGGUGGCUCCUUUGGCGUAAACAGUGGCUCCUCCUUUGGCUCUGGUUUUGGUACCCAGAACGCUGGCUCUUUCGGUACCCAGAACGCUGCCUCCUUUGGCUCCCAGAACGCUGCCUCCUUUGGUGCCCAGAAUGCCGCCUCUUUCGGGUCCUCCUUCUCCACCAACGCCGCCUUCCAGUCCAGCGCCGCCUCCAACUUCGGCAGCACCGCCGCCCACCAUGUGGGCAGCAAUGUGGAGUUCGCCGAGAACGCCAAUGCCGGCAACAAGGUCGACUUUGGUGCCUCCAACUCCGUGGACACCGUUGGCCGAUUGGUCGCCGGAGUUCAAAGUGCCCCAUCUACUUCCGAGUACUACAGGCAAGAGAAGGUCACGGUCGGAGCUCCACAGCAGGUGGUCUCUUACACAGUUCCCGGCUCCUCGCAGCGGUUUGUCCAUCAUGAGGAGCGGAUUGUCGAGCAACCUCGCCCGGUAGUUGUGCAGACGCCAGUUGAAACCUCUCACUAUUACUCACGAAAGGUGGUCACCACCGCCAGCGCACCGCAGGUGAUGCAGCCAUCCGCCAGCUUGACCUAUGGAUCGAACACCAAUGCCGCCUCCACUUUCGGUGGCAAUGCCGCCUCCACUUUCGGCAGCAAUGCCGCCUCCACUUUUGGCAGCAACUCCGCUUUCAACACGCAAUUCGGCAGCUCCUUUGGCCAGAACUCGGCCCUCAGCACUGGACUCGCCUCGGGAGUGAACUUCCAGCAGAACAGCCAACUCAAUCAGCUGCUCAACCAGGCUCGUCAGGGCGCACUCCAGCAGGCGGGCUCCUCCGGCCUGUCCUCGGUCAACCAGGCGCAAGUGAACAGUGGCUACAACGCCGGCUCACAUGCCGGGUACAACAACGCCUUUCGAUCCGGCUUCGGCUUCAACUCCGCCACCGCCCAGAACUCUGCCCUGAACUCUGCCAGCUCCUUUAACUCCGGACUGUCGUCUGGAUCCUUGCUGGGUGGCAGCCAAAGUGGAUCCCUGCUCGGUGGCUCUUUGCUGGGAGGCCAGCAGAACUUCGGACUCGGACUCAGCGCGGGUCUCACAAACGGACAGCAGUUGGCCGGAUCGAACAACUUUGGCGCCGGAUUCGGAGCCGCAGCCGGUAAUUCCGGCAGUGGCUACCAGACCAAGCAGUGGGAGAAACAGUCCAAGUGGUCUUCCCAGUCUGCGUUCGAUUCCGCUGGCCAUGUGAACAACUACAAGGAUCUGGCCACCGGCGAGAGCGAAAGUGUUGACAUCAACGGCAAGAAGACCGGCUACCAUGCGGCCACAGCCUCCGUCGAUGACAACGGCAAGUUCGGCACCCACAGUGUUCACUCGUAAACGGCGACCCCGACACGCAUCCAAAACUAGAAACCUUUCGUGUUCUUAGGGAGUAAAUUUAAUCAACUCCAAAUGUUAUUUGUAAAAUAAUGUGAAAGUAAAAUGAAUUGUUGUCAGGUUU